AUGAGCCUGGAAGACAUCAAUAACGCUGCUUCACAGUUGGUAAACAUCGAUACUUCAAAUAUUGAUCCGCAGGUCAGUAACGUGCAACCGAAAUCUGAACACCAUUUUGAAACCAAGAAUCAGCAAAGAAUUUCUAACGGCGGUCAUGGCGACGAAGAUGAUGAUGACAGCUUCCGUUCAUUAUCCUCGGCACCACCUCUGCUCUUGAAGACCGGGGAGAUCUUCUUCAACGAAGAGCAAGGUCCUAUUAAAUUCUAUAUCCCUUCUAAUGAAUCAGACAGAGAGAACCUCAUUACUAUGAUCGAAGCCAAUGGCGGCAAAGUGGUCAAUGACUACUCGGGCUACGUGAUUUCCCAUUAUUUUAUUCCAUCAAGAGUGGCUUUUAGACCUGAACUAAUUUAUGACUCUCUCAAUAAUGGGGUUUUUGCUAACUUAGAAUCGUAUCGCGUUACAGAAAGUAACGGUCUUAUUCAAGAUGCGGAGGCCGUUAAUCUUGCUACCGUUAUUGCUAACAGUAACAAUCACACAGGCAUAUCUGAUGAACAAAUGGCAUUCGAAUUAGUUCAGCAACACACGCAAGCUACUCAUAAUCAAGUUCCAACUAUUAUUACUGUGAAUAAGAAUGGCUUCACCAAAGAAGAAGAUAACUUUAUUAUGGAGGAGGUCCGUAAAAACCCUACUAGAAGAGCAACCCAUAAAUUGUUCGGAGAAAUCGCUACAAAGUUGAACAGACACACCGGUAAUUCUGUCAGAUACAGAUUCAGAAACCAUUUGCAAAAACUGUUGGGUUAUGUUUACAAAACUGACAAUAAAGGUGAGUUGUUGGUUGAUGGUCAUGGUAACUACAUCAGAACCGAAAAUAUGCCAUCUACGGUCAAAAAUAAGUUCACGAGUGAAGACGAUUAUGUCCUAUGUAAAUCAGUGAUGCAAAAAUCUCAAGUUGUUGAAGGUGAUGAAGCAAAUUCCGUUACCUUGCCAAAUAAAUUCUUUGAUCUCAUGGAAAAAGAACAACCUCAUCAUUCACGGGCAGCUUGGAGAGAUAGAUUCCGGAAGUUUGCCAGAGUUUAUGGUAUUGAAAAUUAUAUUCGUUAUUAUGAAGAAUGUUUAGCUCAAAAUAAGAUUCCCGAACCAAUGAAGGAUUUCACAGCGAGAAAGAAUGUUAAGGAUGCUCUUGGUAGGCUCAAGAGACCAACACCUGGCAAUAUUACUUCUGACAAUCAUGAAAAAGAAAUUGGUGCAGAUGACAACAUUGAUUUCAACGAGUUGAUUGGUGAUGUUCGAAGGGCGCGCAGUGGAAAUAAGAGAAAGAAGAUAUCUGCUGUCAAUUCUUCUGCUGCUGCUGUUGCUGUUGCUGCAGCAGCCGCUGCUUCUUCGAAAGAUAAGAAUAAGAAUCCUGCCGAUGAAUUAGAUUCCAGUCAUCUCUUCUUAACUGAUGAACACAGAAAUGAAUUGAACUCAUUAGUUGAUUCUAGUUUAGCUGGUCAUCAAUCCAUGUUGAGUACGAACCAAUCUUCUCAGAUACCACUCAUAAAUAGAGAUUCCUCUUCUCUAGCCAUUUCCAAACUUAUGGACCCUGGAAUUUUAUUGAAAUACUUCAAGAAAGAGAUGCUUAGUCUAUCACUCUCUGAAGUCCUUGAUCUUGCCAAUGAGAUUGUGAAGCGUGAUUAUUCAGUAUCUGGGGCAGAUGCGUUGUUAAAUGACUUGCAUGACGAGCUUGGAAUUGGACAGGAGUUUGGUACCGAGUUACUUACCAGCUGUUGUGGUGAUUUGUCUUUAGUAACAAAGUAUCUUAACCUUGUCAUUAACACUGGUGUUAGUCCCCCAGAAAAUGCAACGGGCAUUUGGACUAAGGAUGACGAUAAAAGAUUUCAAAACAUGGAUACCAAUAAGAAUGAUUAUGAUUACUUGGCUGCAAAGCAUGGCAUCACCAAUAUUGCCUUGAGAAGAUCAUUUGUUGCUAGCACGGCGCAUUUCCAAAAUGUCUAA